AUUUGCUUGGGUCCAAUAAGCCAAGAGAGCCGCUGUCCGGGGGUCAUCCGAGCUCAGUGGCAUUAACAUUGGGAUUGAGGGGAAAUUGUGGAAGAAAGGCGAACAUGAACAACAAUGUUUACCGUUCUACCUAUUCUCCGAGAGUUUGCUCUACAUUGAAGCAUGAGAAUAGCGAAACAAAAACGAGAACAACAGACACACAAAGCACGAGAAAAUAGACUCCGUUUCGUACGCCACAAAGCACGCGUCCGCUCGGCAGUCCGGGCAUUUCGUUGCAACGGUACGCGACGCCUGAGAAAGGGCACUGGCAGGACCCCGUGUUUCCGGUUUCUCGGGGUCGGGUCCAAUCGCAGGUCUGGCUGCAACCCCGAGCUGGGCCAGCGUAGCACCGGACCUCGACCUCUUGACUUUUUGAGAGUCUGGAAUCUGCAGGAAAGAAAGAAAAAACCCCGAAGAGUGUGCAUCAGCGGACACGCAUACACAGCCAUUGACACUAUUCGUACACAGUACCACAGUAUGCGCAAAGACACACAGCGCUCAUGUGGCCCGACCCGGUUUCGCUAUCGCCUCAACUUAUACUACUGGAUCCCGUACGGAUAUGUAGGUGGUACAGAUCCAGUUACACCCACACUCUCACCUCAAGAAGGGGAGGCUUUCCAAUUCUCGCACACAAUCACAGGAGUGCUCCUCCGUAUACGAAGUGGAAAGGUAAGGUCUUUCUCCGCCAAAGAAAUGGAACCGGGCAAGAUGAGUGAUGAUGAUGCGCGAGGGGCGAAUAAAAUAAAAAGAAAAUAAAAAAAAAUCAAAGGGCCCAUGGCAAUUGCAUGGCGCUACCUCCACGACUACCGUGGAUGCCGGCGCCCAGCUCGCAGUUCCGGGAGUUGAGGGACCAACCACCCCAGGCUAGUCCAU